AAUCCAUUGCGUUCAUGACAGCAUCAGCAGCGCAGCGGUGGACUCCGUCGGCAUGGCUUCACGCGACAGAUGUCCUUGCAUCUACGCUUCGUGGGUACAUUUCGCUGCAGAAGAAACACCAGGAUGAACUGCGAGCGUUUUCUUCCACUGCAUGCCGCAACUUGGAUCAGGCGGCCGUUGGGUCGGCCUCUCUCCGCGGGGUCCUCACCCAUGUGUCGGAGCUGUUUGCACAUGCCGCGAGCGCACCAGAGGAAUUGUGUGUCAACCUUCCGUUAGAUAUUGACGAGCUUCAAACUGAGCUGCAGCGUCAAGUCAAUCAGAUGGACCGCUUAGUGCAGGACGCACACGCACGGCAAGCCGCGUUCGAGGGCGCUAAGCACACAUACACGACGACGUUGACUGCUUUCCACGAUGCGUUUGCGCUUGCGAGUCGGUUGCUGUCGCGGGCGAUUGACAACGGCAUCGACCCCAACACAUUUCUCGACGCAGACGAUGCCACGGCGAUCCUCGUCACACAGGCCACCGCCCCCACACAUUUGAUAGAGUCGUCCCCUUCGAAGAAGGCCGUGAGUCAAGUCACGGACGCCAUUCGUCGCGCCAAGGACUUCAAAGCCAAGUGCAUGAUUCAUUACAAGCAGUUUCGAAAAGUCGCCGGUGAAUAUGCGCAAGCGCUGGACGUCAUGACGGCCACACAGCAGACCAUCGAGCGAGCGAGCAGCGGCAACCUCACUGCCAUCGUUCACAAGUUUAUCGUGUGCUACUUGUCCCUGGUCAAAAACUUGGAGUACGACCUCGUGCAACUCCAUGGAAGUGUCGAAGCCGAACAGAGCCAGGUGAUGUCGACACCCUUGCAAUUUGUCGGCCAUGCCGCAGACAUCCACAUGCAGAUGCAGGCCCUACCGCCACCUCUGAGCGACCCCCUGGAGCUGUCAUAUUUUUUGGAGCAGCACUUCCCGACCACUCAAGUGCGCCCGCUUCUGGUGCGCCACCAACCUCGCGCGUCGAUGCACGCCGCGUAGACAUUUAAAAGGACUCUUGCACUCUAUAUGCAUCUAACGUGAACAAAUGGCGACGAGCACACGAACCCAACCAUAUCGCAGAAUUCUCGUGCGAUUCGACAGCAUCUUGCUUGGAUGAAUAUGUAAGCAACGACGGGCUACAAACCUACACUACAGCCAUGAUAAGUCGGAGUGUCGUGGUUGAUUUACGGUACACUUGUGAAGUUUGGUUGGGCAAUGGCACUUGGCUUAUCCGAUAAUUGACCAAACUGAAACAGUUACAUGGACGGUUACACAUCAGUUACAUUAUCAUUUCCCUGAAACAGGGGUACCUAUGUG